AUGGAGGAGGGUGUCGGCGCCGCGUGUCGUCGAGCGCGCCCGCUGCCUCGACCAGAAAGUUGCGCAAGCAACACCACCAGAAUGACGCCCAGCUCGAGCAACAGCUCGUCCGCGCAUCUGCCGCAGCGAGUCCAGGACCUCUCUGCGCGAGGCGUUUCGGGGAGUUUGCUGCAAGAUCGACUGAGGGAGCGGAAGGUCGAGAGCGCGAGGCAGUCGAGCAUGAGGCGGAGGAGCGUAGAUCACAGCGCGGAGAGGGGUGUGCAGAGCUCGCCGACGAAGGGCAAGGAAGAUCGCAGACCGAGUUCGAGUGGGAUUGCGCCGGGGAAGGGGAUGGGGAUGGGGAUCAAACAGGCCGAAGAGCAAGCAUCGAUGCUGCACAAACAGAAUUUCGAUCUCAAGCUCGAGCUAUACCACCGCAGACAGCGGCAGGAGUUGUUGGAGGCCAAGGUCGAGGAGUUGGAGAAGCGGGAAGAGCAGCUGGACGAGCUGAGAGAGAUCAACGACGAGUUAUUGGCGGAGCUACAGAGGAGGGAUCAGGCUGUCGAGGAGGCGGUGGAGAUGAUCUUCAACCUGGAGCAGAAGGUCAACCGUCUGAUGGAAGAGCGCGAGAAUGUCAAGGCGUUCGAUGCGGAUUACGAGCCAGGCUACUACCCAUCCGGACAGGACUUUUCGAGCUCGCCACCACAACUCGACAAGGAGAACUUGGCACCACCGAAAAAGAUCUCGAGGAUGCCGUCAUUCUUGUCCGAGACGACCGAAGGAAACGAGGCUUUGAGGAGCCUCUACCUGCCAUUCAACGGACACAGCGAAUCGACACUCCCACGAUUGGCAGAGGAAGGGAGCCCAGGCGCAUUGGACAGCCCCAGACUAAGCGUGUUAAGCGAAAGCUCGUUCGUUAGCGUGUAUGGCAACAAACGAGUGCCGGAAAUAUCACUUGACAACGAAGAGAAACCUCAACAACAUCACAGGGUUUCCUCGUCGGUAGAAAAAUGGGUGGAAGCAGGAUCGAUUCCCACGGUCACACCUGCGCGAGCAGCGCCAGCGAGUCUCCGCAAGAGCCAGUUCUUGUCCAUCAACGACGUUCUUGAAUCGCCGCUACAGCGCCUGGAAAAGUUGAAGAACAGCCUAGACAAGACGCAAGCCGCGGCCCGAGACCUUGCUUCGAGGGAUCACAGGAAGGCGAAGGAGAUGCGCCAGCUAUUUACCGACCAGACCAGUUUCCAGCGUCAACAUGCCCUUCCUCCUACUCCGGAUACGAUCAGCACCAACACAUUACGGAACCUGCGCGGCUCAAACGAUACUCUGCACCAGAACCAUGCUAUGGACGCCUUCCCCAAUCGUGCUAACCAAGCUCUCCAGUCCCAGAUGUCCAUCCGGCCCCGAAGCGCGGGCGAGACAGUGACGAGCCGACGCGAGGGGCACGGCUGGGACACACCACAGGAAGACGAUACUGAAGCAGGCAGCGUGUGCAGCACUCUCAGCGCAUAUUCCGCAUCCGCAUCCUACCUCCGUCGUCAGCAUACCGUCGUCCCAGAUCUCUUCACGUUCAGCAGUGGGGACUGGGGAUGUGACUAUCGCGAGCCGGCCCUGCCCUCGCACACAGUGUCCCGCUACACGUCUCUACGCCGCUCAAGCAUGAUCGAUCACCCCCGGAGCGACGACACGGUGAUGAGCUACAAUUCAAACCGCUACGACGACUCCGUCCAAUAUGGCACCACCCCUUUCGAUACAAAUUAUCAACCAGAACUUCCCAACCGCCGCUCGAGUCUCGCCGCCGUGACCAAGGUGCGGAAAUUCAAACCCACAGGCCAAGAGCAGGACAGUACGCCCAACGACUCCCCGCCUGUAUCCACCCCAAAGAAGUCCCGCAUCCCCAAUCUCCGCAUGUUUGGCCGAGGAGAUUCCGCACCGCCUGCUAGCCCCACUAAGGGUUCAUUCUCGCCGAGCUUGCCGAAAUCGAAGGCACAGCAUCAGAAUCGGAGCUCGGGGCAUUACUCCAACGAGCAUCUGGGGCCAAGGGGUUUUCAGGACCAGGAAGAAGCGAGGGCGACGCCGCCACCUAUUCAACGAUCGAGACCGCCGCAGUCGAUGCAUUAUCGACCGGCGAGUAUCAGUGCUGUAGGCCCUCUGGGCGCGAGGCGAUUCGGGAGCUACGAUGGUGCUUGUGACGAGGUGGUGAAGGGUCACGCGAGGAACGACAGUGCUGGCUUGGCUGGGAGGGUGACUGCGGACCACGUAGCGGCGAAUCAAACCGCCGGUGCUGGAGAGGUGGAGGGGAAGACGAAGAGAUGGUUUGGAUUGGGGGUUGGUCGCAACAAUAGUUUGAAGAGGCACUGA